AUGGACAUUCACGCCCUCAAUGUCCGCCUGAAAGCCGAGCUUGUCGAAGAUGUCAAGCGGACGAGACUGGAAUACCUUUCGCUCUACUCGGAUCUGAAAGCGCUUUACUUGGUUUCGAAGGACUGGAACAGCAUCGCUACGGAGUACCAGUACCGAAAGACCGUGCUACAGAACAGUACAUAUGCUCGCGAUGACCGGCUGUCGAACUGGCUCUUUCCAGGCACUGCCACUGUAUUCCGGCGAUGCCUUGACAUCAGCGCGCGAAAGCACUUGAUACACACGCGGAGUCUGAACCUACUAGAGGGUAUACGACAUGAACCAGGGUCUGGCUCAGCUAACAAUCUUGCCUCCGGUAACUACGCUGUCUCUGUCCGUGUGUAA